AUGGCAUCACAGACACAGACCCUCGCUGGAUGGAAGUGGCGCCGCCACAGCAGCGACGAGGAAUGGCACGCCUGCGCCCAUAACAACCCAACAACGGAGAUCUUCGUAGACCUCAUCGAUGCAAAGCGCAUCCCAAAUCCGUUUCUCGACCAAAAUGAGCGGCUCGUUCAAUGGGUAGGCGAAACUGACUGGGAGUACCAAUGCGAGUUCGUCCACGAGCCCAACGCAAAACACUCGCGACGAGACCUCGUCUUCGAAGGUCUCGACACGUACGCAUCCGUUUUCCUGAACGACCGUCUCAUCCUCAUCUCCUCCAACAUGUUCCACCGCCACCGUAUCGACGUCUCAGAUGUCCUGCAGAGCGGCGUCAAUGUUUUGCGCAUCGUCUUUAGAAGCGCACUCCACGAGGGCCGCGCCCUCGAGGCCAAGCACGGCAAGUUCCGUGCGUUCAAUGGGGAAGGGUCACGGCUAUACGUUCGCAAGGCGGCAUAUCAUUACGGCUGGGACUGGGGCCCAAUUCUGCUUUCCUGUGGCCCAUACCGCGAGAUCCGUCUCGAGACUUAUGCGUCCAUAAUAUACGAUGUGUUCGCCUGCGCUGCUGUUGCUGAAGAUCUACAAGAAGCUUCGUUAGACGUGUCAUGGAGCGCUAUUCUCGACCGAGACGUUGACAUCAAUGUCACCGUCACAUCUCCUAGCCAGCGUUCUUUCCACGCACUCUCUACAUUAGCCUCUGGUGACAGCCAGGGUAGAACCACCUUCAGCAUCACUCAACCAGAGCUGUGGUACCCCAUUGGCCAUGGGUCACAAGUUUUUUAUACUGUUGAGUUGCAUGUUCGCAGCAAAGACGGAGAUGCUGUCCACGCCAGCACGAUGACUGUGGGCAUUCGCCGAGUUCGCCUAGUACAGCAGGCCCUGCUUGAUGAGCCCGGAACCAGCUUCUUCCUAGAAGUCAAUAAUCAGCCAGUGUAUAUUUCGGGAGCAAACUACAUCCCGGGCCAUUCAUUCCUAACAACGCUAACGCCGGAAGACUAUGCGGCGACAGUCGAGAGCUGCGUGCAAGGCAACCAGAACAUGUUGCGAAUCUGGGGCGGCGGCAUCUACGAGCACGAGGCUCUCUACGCCGAAUGCGAUCGCCGAGGCGUACUUGUCUGGCAAGACUUCAUGUUUGCCUGCGGCCAGUUCCCUUGCUACCCGGAAUUCGCUCAGAGUGUUCAGAAGGAAGCCGCGGACCAACUCAAGCGGCUGCGAAAUUACUGUUCCAUCGUGCUCUAUGCCGGGAACAACGAAGACUACCAGGUCAUCGAGUCGCUCGGGCUAGAUUAUAAUCCGGACGACCACUCGGGCGACUGGGCCGGCACCACCUUCCCCGCUAGAACCAUCUAUGAGACCCUUCUUCCAGCCGCCAUGUCCGAGCACUCACCCGGUGUUCCUUACCAUCCCGGCUCCCCAUGGGGUGGCAGCAGGACGGACGACCGCACAAUCGGCGACAUUCAUCAGUGGAACGUCUGGCACGGUACUCAGGAGCCGUAUCAAAUGUGGGACAAGCUUACGGGCAGAUUCGUCUCCGAGUUUGGUAUGCUUGCUUAUCCCUCGAUUCGAUCUGUUCCUCGUUUCGCUACGGAUCCCCGACAGCGCCAUCCCCAAAGUGCAGUGAUGGAACUCCACAACAAGGCCGAAGGGGGGGUGCGCAGGCUGGCCCUGUACGUUUUGGAGAAUAUCCGUGUGGACUCGAUGCGCCUAGAGAGCUGGAUCUACGCUACCCAGCUUAUCCAGGCUGAAUGCCUCGCAUUCGCUGUGCGCAGCUGCCGACGGCAGUGGAAGGGCCCAAGUCGCGAGUAUUGCGGGGGUCAACUCAUUUGGCAGCUCAACGACUGCUGGCCAGUCUCUAGCUGGGGGAUGAUUGAUUUUUACGGGGAACGGAAGCUCGCCUUCUACUCGACCAAGCGGGCGUCCGCGCCCCUUGCCGUCGGGAUCCAUCGUUCCAACCCCGAACUUAAACGUCUUAAAUCCGCGCCACCACAAAUCCCAGGUGCCCCCCAUGACCUUUCCAAAAAGUCCUACGUCUUCGAUGCCUGGGCCGUAAACACGACGCUUCAGGACACACAAGUCAAAGUAGAGGUACGGCUCUUCGAUACGGUGACCGGUCAAGUUCGUGAGAGGAGAAUCCUGGAACCCCAAGUUCUUCCGUCAAACCGCUCCCUGGAAUUAAUCGAGGAUUGCAAGGUGGACGACAAGACUGCCGUGCAAGCCAUCAUGCGGGAUGCCGAAGGGCGUGUCAUCGCUCGCUCGUCGGACUGGCCGCAGCCGCUGAAAUAUGUUCAUCUCCCACGCUCGUACGAUAUCAGACUCCGGGUUCUGGACCGAAAGGUCGAAAUCACUUCGAAUGCUCCUGUCAAAUGCCUUGAGCUGUACAUGGCGCAAGAAGAGCGCAAGGUCUGCUGGGAUGACAAUGGUAUUUCAGUUUUCCCUGGUGAUACUUAUGUCGUUCAUGCAGCCGGACUGAGGGAAGGGGAUGACGUGCGCAUACGCUACUAUGGGGCGGACUGGGUGCCGAAUAAAGCGCAAUUGAAUGAUGGGUCUGCGAUAGAGGACGACGAUGGGAUGAACAAGACGGAUAACGUGAAUUGCUCCAAUAACGGGCUUACGAACCAUUUGAGCAGAGCUCGGGUGAACGGAUCGGCUGAGGCCCCGGAUAGUGGUUAA